AAUUAGUAUUAUUCUCAUCAUCCACCGAUGGCUGUCCUAAUUAGGCCCGUUGCAUAUUAUUAUACGCAACCUGCCAAACGCUACGACAACCUUGCAUGCGGAGGAUUGAGUGAAUAAAUUAACAUAAUUAUCCGUUGGACCAAUCACAGCCUGCGGACGCAGCGCGCCGUUAAUUAUGCUUCGUGCACGUCGUGCGUGCAGCAUCAUCGUUUAUGACAGGGAAUGAUUACGAUUUAUUUUGUCGCCAUUUUCCACACCUCUCGGCGCCUCAGAAACGAUGGUUCGUUGAUCGUAUUUUGACAGUUGUUUCCACCAUCCUUUGUCAAAAAAAUCCAAGCACUAAAUAACAGAAUUUGCGGAGGUUUUGUCAUCAUAUCGGGAUGAAUCCGAUUAUCGCUUCGUCAGUUCUCGCCGGUGCGACAUUUCUGCAGUCUUUGACGGCAGUCGUGGCGAAGCAGUGUUCUUACAGUCAGUAUGGAGAACUCAUCUACUACACAUGCCCGAAUAACAAAUAUUGCUGCGGAAGAAGCUCAUGCUGUUUCUCCAAUGAUUACUACUACAGUGUCUAUGACCUGUGGUAUUUCUGGUUCUGCCUGUGUUUCGGCAUCUUCAUCUGCUCUCUCGCUAGCGGGGCUUACUACCGCAAGCGCCAGCUACGUGGCGUGCAGGUAGCAGCGAUCCACCCGCCGCACCAUCCCGGGCACCAUGGGGGCAACACGGUGCGAGUCAUGCAUGGCCAAGGGGCGAUGGUGGGUAGGCUGGGAGCAGACGGGCUAAUGCAUCCACACCCAAGGAACGUCAUGGUGACAACUACGGACGCCUCGGGUCAACCAGCUUACCCUCCCCAAGCCUACUUCAACGGACCGGCCCCCAACUAUGCGAUGUACGGUCCGGGCGGCCCCGGCGGACCGGUCUACCCGGCUUACGCGUACCUUCCCCCGCCACCGUCAUACAGCAGUCUCGGUACCGAAGCCACGUCGCCUUCUUCCGUGGCGACAUCAUCGACAUCGUCGCCGUCAUCCUCGUCCGUGACUUCAUCCACGGGGAGCGGGUCGGAUGUACCCCCGGUGUCGGCUUAGCAUGGGAAAAUGCGAGAAAUAUCCCCAUGCUGGAAUGUAGCAGCUAGGUUUUCUUUAUUGGGGCUAGACAAAAAAAAAUUAAUUGUCUGUGGGACUUUAGAACAAACAAAAAAUAAUUGAACAAAAAUAUUUUGUAACAAAAACGAACAGUUGCAUCAAAAACGGGGAUUUUUAAUUGAUAAAAGCAAAUGCGAUAUAAUGUGCAAUAAUGUAAGGCAAAUUAGAACAAAAUACAUGCAAAUGAAGAUAUAGGCAAGUCCUACAUGAGGUCAAUACAUAUUAGUGUACAAAGUCAUACUCUUAAAUGUGCGUGCUUAAGUUAAUUGUAUUUUAUGUAUUAUAGCUUCGGUAUUUAUUUUUGAUAAUCAUAACACAUUCUUGUAUAGCGCAUUUCAGGACCGUCGGAGUUUGCAAUGCGCUUUACAAUUCAUUAACAAAUUUAUGGCUAAGGAAAACAACGUUUCAAGUAAUUAAUGUGUUUUAAGGCUGGUCUUAAACAAUUCCAGGUCAGUUAUUGAUCGCAGUGACAGUGGGAGAGAAUUCCAAAGUCU